UAUAAUUUUAGGGGCGCUCUCCAAUCGUUCUUUUCAUCCGUGGCCGCUAUCGACGGAGCAGCGUGGUAUCUGGCGAGCCGACCUGACUUGAGAGAAAAUGGCUUGUGCGAGACCCCUCAUAUCGGUGUACUCCGAGAAAGGAGAGGCCUCCGGCAAAAAUGUUGUUAUGCCGGCCGUGUUCAAGGCUCCUAUCCGCCCGGAUAUAGUGAACUUCGUCCACACCAACAUGCGGAAAAACAACCGCCAGCCCUAUGCCGUCAGCGAACUGGCUGGCCACCAGACCAGCGCAGAGUCCUGGGGUACCGGCAGAGCCGUGGCCCGAAUUCCCCGCGUCCGUGGGGGUGGCACGCACCGAUCCGGCCAGGGAGCCUUCGGAAACAUGUGCCGGGGAGGCCGAAUGUUUGCCCCCACUAAGACCUGGCGCCGCUGGCACCGGCGGAUCAACACCACCCAGAAGCGCUACGCCAUCUGCUCCGCCCUCGCCGCCUCCGCCCUGCCCGCACUCGUCUUGUCCAAAGGUCACCGCAUUGAGGAGAUCCCAGAGGUCCCCUUGGUGGUUGACGACAAGGUAGAAGGAUACAAGAAGACCAAGGACGCUGUGCUGCUGUUGAAGAAACUGAAAGCGUGGAAUGACAUCAAGAAGGUGUACGCCUCCCAGCGCAUGCGUGCAGGUAAAGGUAAAAUGCGGAAUCGCAGGCGGAUCCAGAGGAAGGGGCCCUGCAUCAUCUUCAACGAGGACGGCGGCGUCACCAAGGCCUUCAGAAACAUCCCCGGUAUCACACUGCUGAACGUGAACAAAUUGAACCUGUUGCGUCUGGCUCCCGGUGGCCAUGUUGGCCGAUUCUGCAUCUGGACAGAGAGCGCCUUCCGGAAGCUCGAUGACCUCUACGGCACAUGGCGAAAGCCCGCCUCCCUCAAGGUCGACUACAAUCUGCCAAUGCACAAGAUGACCAACACAGACCUGAGCAGAAUCCUGAAGAGCCAGGAAAUCCAGAAGGCACUGCGUGCUCCAAAUAAGAAGAUCAGCCGGCGGGUGCUAAAGAAGAACCCGCUGAAGAACCUCAGGGUGAUGAUGAAGCUCAACCCGUACGCCAAGACGGCCCGCCGCCACGCCACUCUGCUUCACGACCCUGCAAUCAGAGCCAAGCAGCUGAAGCCCAAGAAGAAGGCCAAGAAGGCUCAGAAGCCAGCGGCUCAGAAGCCGGCAGAAAAGACGCCAGCAACUGAGUAAAAGCCCUUCAUCACACGGUCUGAGUUCACCAAUCAGCAUUGAAAUAAAGGUUUUGAAAUCGUCCAGUGGGGGGUUCUUUUUCUUGUAGCUUUAGUUGGCUCUAGUUACCCAGCAAGUUUUUUUUUUUUUUUUUUCCCUCUUUUUUUUUAAUUUUUUUUUUUUUUUUAAUCUCUUAGUAUGCUGCUGCAUUUGCACUAGAAUCCUGAUUUAAAAAAACAUACUGAGCUUUGACAUUAUGAAGUGACAGCUUAAAAAAAUUUGAUACCGUUAAAUACAUCCAUUUAUUACACCUCAAAUGUUUAACACAAAACACUUAAAACAUCUGCAUGAUACCUUUACCUCAAUGUCAAAAGUUAGUCUUGUAGACCGAAGACACAAUAGGCAGUUUGUCAAAUCUAUCCGUGUUGGGAGUUGGAGAGGUCGCAUUUGGGGGGACGGGCUGGGGAGGGGGGAUGGUCAGGGUGUGUUUGCACUUAGCUUGUGUUUGGGGUUAAUGGCGAGUCGGAGAAACUGCAUGCCGUACAGCAUAACUGAUGUGCUAGCACAGGGUUUCUCAACCUUUUGCACUAUGAAAGCCCACUGAGUUUGUAAGAAUGGCCGUGGCCUUCUUGGCUAUGCAGCUCUUUAAAAUAAUUUAAGACCGGCCACAGAUAACAGGGUGUUUUUGAAAUGUUUUGUUGACCAAUUUGUUUAAUAUAUUAUGUGAUCUGCACUAUCAUAUUGUUUUUCUCAGUAAUGUAAAAAAUGAAAUGCUUAGCUAUGCUUCAGUGAGCCUGGGGAACUUAAAAUUUCUCACGCUUACACAUCCGGGCCACUACUUGUGUGUGUUUAAUUGAGCUUUAUCGUUGUCCCAAAAAAACACAGUGGAGUUUCUGAUGUUCCCAUGUGUGAUAACACCACCUUGUGUAAUUUCAUGUUGGGUCAAACAAUAAAAAAAACACCAAGUGUGUA